UCUCUCAGUUUGACAUGAGCACCGGAGCGAGGAGGCUGUGUCGCUCGCUCCGCCAGUGCAGUGUGUGACUUACCUCAGGGGAGCGAAUUAAGGGCAUAUUGGACCAUGAGUGAGAGGUUUAAGGUCUCCUCGGUGGGGGACGGGGGGCCGCAGACCAACUAUGGAUCAAUGGAGGUGGAAGACAUGGAUGACACAAUUGGUCUAAUUCCUGAGAGAAAGACGAGUGGAAGGAACUCAGCUGGGAAACGUAAAGGUAAUGCCGGCAUACUCAAGAAGAAGAGGAGGAGGAAGAGUGGUGAUCCUGUGACCGCCUCUUGUACAACACCACUAUGCCAGGAUGGUGCUGAUGACAAGCCCUUUAUGGUUGACAUGAAAGAGAUGAGUGGAUACGAAAAGAACCUCUAUCUCUACUCGGAGGAGAUGGCAGACAGGCCCCGGGUGUCUAUGAUGAUCAACUCCCUGGCCAACUACAACGCCACCAUCCCGUCUGCCGAGGAGAGUGACAACAAACCACAGAAGGCAAAGGCUAACCUGGGCACACUAAUGGGGGUCUACCUGCCUUGUAUUCAGAACAUCUUUGGCGUCAUUCUCUUCAUCCGCAUGCCUUGGAUUGUAGGGACAGCUGGAGGUGCCCUGGCCUUCACCAUUGUCUUCAUGUGCUGCUGUACGACCUUCCUUACUGGUAUCUCCAUGUCUGCCAUUGCUACAAACGGAGUGGUGCCGGCAGGGGGCUCCUACUUCAUGAUCUCUCGCUCUCUGGGACCUGAGUUUGGUGGCGCUGUGGGGCUGCUCUUCUACACAGCCACCACCGUCGCUGCGGCCAUGUAUAUCAUUGGUGCUGUGGAGAUAUUACUGACGUAUAUGGCACCAGGUAUCUCCAUCUUCGGGGACUUCACCAAGGACGCCAGCAUCAUGUACAACAACUUCCGCGUCUUCGGCACCAUUCUCCUCUGGAUCAUGUGUACCAUCGUCAGCAUUGGCGUGGCGUUCGUCAGUAAGUUCGCCGCGGUGGCCCUGGCGUGUGUCAUCGGCUCCAUCAUCGCCAUUCUCGUCGGUAUCUUCUACAACAUCAAUGGAUCCGACAAGCUGCAAAUGUGCAUCUUGGGAGCUCGACUGCUGACCCAGGUGACCAACUGCACCAAGGAACCCGGUGGCCCUCUCUGGAACAUGUACUGUGUCAAGGAGAAUAAUACUGUGUCAGAGAACGUGGAAGACUGUGACAUGUACUUCCAAACCCACAAUGUUUCGCAGAGGAGAGCCAUUGUGGGCCUUGCGUCUGGCUUGUUUACCUCCAAUCUGGGCCCACACUUUGGAAAGGAGGGGCAGAUUGUGGCAGACACCAAUGACCCUGAUGAUUACGAGUCCCUCAACAACCCCACCUACAACCAGGUCAUCAUCGACAUCACCACCUCCUUCACUGUGCUGGUUGGCAUCUUCUUCCCAUCAUGCACUGGUAUCAUGGCUGGCAGUAACAGGUCAGGUGACUUGGCCGACGCGCAGAAGAGCAUCCCUGUUGGUACACUGGCCGCCAUCUGUACCACCUUUGUGUACCUCUCUUACCUCCUCCUCUUCGCUGGCUCCUACGACAUCCUGCUUAUGCGUGACAAGUUUGGCUACAGCGUUGGGGGUCGUCUGGCCAUUGCAGCAAUAUCUUGGCCUAACGAGUGGGUCAUCUUGGUGGGGUCACUGCUAUCAACCAUCGGGGCGGGGCUGCAGUCACUCACCGGCGCCCCAAGACUCAUGCACGCCAUUAGCAAGGACAAUAUAAUUCCGUUCCUGUCGCCGUUUGGAGUGUCAUCAGCGCGUGGGGAACCUCUGCGUGCCCUGCUAAUCACUGGCUGUAUUUGUCAGCUGGCCAUCUUUAUCGGUAACCUGGACUACAUCGCCCCCAUCCUGUCCAUGUUCUUCCUCAUGUGUUACGGCUUCGUCAACCUCGCCUGUGCACUUCAGACUCUCCUGCGCACUCCCAACUGGCGACCGCGCUUCAAAUAUUACCACUGGUCCCUGUCAUUUGUGGGUCUCUCUCUGUGCAUCACUGUAAUGUUCAUGACCUCCUGGUACUACGCUCUGCUGGCCAUGCUCAUUGCCGGCAUCAUCUACAAGUACAUUGAGUUCCGAGGUGCUGAGAAGGAGUGGGGUGACGGUAUCCGUGGUCUGGCCCUCUCUGCUGCACGCUACUCUCUACUCAGACUGGAGGAAGGUCCGCCACACACCAAGAACUGGCGGCCACAGAUUCUCAUCCUGUCCAAGCUGACCAAGGAUCUCGUGCCCAAGUACAAGAAGCUGUUUACCUUCGCCUCACAGCUCAAGGCCGGCAAGGGUCUCACCAUUGCUGUGUCUGUCAUUGAGGGAGAGUAUGCGAAGAGUUACGGUGAGUCGCACGCAGCCAAGCAGAGUCUCCGCCGUGCCAUGAAUGAGGAGCGAGUGAAGGGCUUUGUGGACACGCUCAUUGCCAAGAACAUUACUGAGGGCAUUAGCCACAUCAUUCAGACUUGCGGUUUGGGCGGCAUGAAGCCAAACACUGUCAUUCUGGGCUGGCCGUAUGGUUGGCGCCACUCCCCGGACGAGAGGUCAUGGCGUGUGUUCCUGGAUACUGUGCGCAACGUGUCAGCUGCUAAGAUGGCCCUCCUUGUCCCCAAAGGCAUUAAUUUCUACCCUGAUUCUAUGUCCAAGGUUUCCGGCACCAUUGAUAUCUGGUGGAUUGUGCACGAUGGUGGUCUGCUGAUGCUGCUUCCCUUCCUGCUGCGACAACAUAAGGUGUGGAAGAACUGCAAGAUGAGAAUUUUCACUGUGGCUCAGCUUGAAGACAACAGUAUCCAGAUGAAGAAGGACCUGAAGACUUUCCUGUACCAUCUCCGCAUUGAGGCUGAGGUGGAUGUGGUAGAGCUGAUGGACAGCGACAUACAGACAUACACCUAUGAACGCACCCUAAUGAUGGAGCAACGCACACAGAUGUUGAAGGAACUCAGGCUGAACAGGAAGGAGAAGCUCAACAUAAUUGAGCCCAAUAACAUCAGGGUACAGGCCAUCGUGGACCACCACCACCCAACCGGGGAACACUCCGCCAGCAAGGUACGCUUCAAGGAGAAUGAGCCAACUGUGGACUCGGACGCAGAGGCAGAGAUGAGUGGCACGUCAGAGGACACUGAGAAGAAGAGCAAAAACGAAUGCUUCAAGAAACUACUAACUCUCAAACCGGAUGAGGCCAACGUGAGGAGGAUGCACACAGCCGUCAAACUAAAUGAGGUCAUUGUCAACAAGUCCCACAAUGCUCAGCUGGUCAUCAUCAACCUCCCCGGCCCCCCCAAGACGUCCCGCCCAGAGUCCGAGAGCAACUACAUGGAGUUCCUGGAGGUGCUGACUGAAGGGCUGGAGAGGGUGCUGAUGGUGCGGGGUGGCGGCAGGGAGGUCAUCACCAUCUACUCCUGAGUGGUGUGGUGGUGCGGAGUGGUGGUGGUGGUGGUGGCAGUGUUGCAAGUCACAUUCCACACACGCGAUGGUUGUGGGUGGUGUGGUGUGGUGUUGGUGGUGAGUGGUGAUGGUGGUGAUGGUGCAUCCUCCCCCGCCACGCUCACCUGAGGCAGGCUUGUUGACGUGUGUGAUGUGAGGCAGGCAGGUGGUGUAUGUCUGAGUGUCUGUCGGUGGGUGCCAGUGGUAAUGCCAAAUAUACCUGUUUUCCAAUGCUGUGUUGUGCCUGCGGCGUGCCAGCGAGGGUCUGCGUCUCCACACCGGGUGCCAACCGCCAGGACCCUCCCUGGCCCCCGCAGCAGUACCUGGCACUCCCUGGGACCAGUUGGCACCCUGGACUGGGUUGUGCUGUUGUACAGGCCUGGCCACCUGGUGGCGGGUCUGUAAGCUGUGUACAUAAAAAGUUAUGUGAUUAGUGUUCCAAAGGUACAAUGAGUGAUGAAAUCUUUAAUAUAUAUAUACAUACAUACAUAUAUAUAUAUAUAUAUAUAUAUAUAUAUAUAUAUAUAUAUAUAUAUAUAUAUAUAUAUAUAUAUAUACACAUACUUAUGAUUUAUUUUAGUUUAGAUUAGAAAAGUUGCAAAGUUAUGCUUGGUAUUUUUUUCCACUAUUUAUACGUUGGGUUGGUGUGAACGCUCCGGCGAGUUGUGUAGUCACAAUACUCAACUUUAAAAUGAUGGUGUGAUGGUGUCCCCAGACAGUGAUGUGCUGUGACACCCUAACUCAGGACACAGAGGCAGUGGCGGCAGCAGCGGCAGCAACAGUGACGGGCAGCUACGAGGCAGUGACGUGUGUGUGGCCGGAACAUUUGUUGUGCUGCUCGGCCAGACUACACCUGCUGCCGUGACACUGGCGGCUGGCGGCACACUCCCUGGUGUGGCAUCGGCCUGCCACGCCCUGCCAGCCUGCACACUGGGUGGUGGUGGCAGCAGCAGUGGCGGCCGGGCCACACCACGGCCGCUGGAGGCAGCUGGAGGCAGCUGCUGUGACACCAUCCUGUGCUGCUUGCGUCAAGUUUGGCUACUUAGGAGGUCUUUGUUGUGAUUGUAGUACAUUAAGUUGAUUGUCAAUGUAAGAAGAAAGUCUCUAAUGAUUACUGUUGACUAAUAUUAAUUAGCCCACAAAGCAAAUAAAAUAGAAGACCAAAUGC